GACUGAUCCGUAAGGCAAUCAAAUUGACCAUAAAAUGAAGUCAAUGUGUUUAGGUAUGGCCUGCAAAAGCAAUUCCUUCGACAUUUUCCAUGCAAGAACUGAAAUUGCUUACGUUUGCCUGUCGCCUCCUCUUUUAAACAUCGAAAUUUACACAUCGUUUUUCUCGUAGCAAAGCAGAGAGAUCUCGCGGCCACUUUUGUAUCUCUCGUUAAUUUUCUCUGCUUUUUGCUUUUCGCGUCGAGUCUUUGAAAACGAAGAAUGGAAGAGAUAGUGAAGCCUCGUUCUGAUAAUAGAGAGUACAGAAGAAUCGUUCUUCAAAACUCUCUUCAAGUUCUAUUAAUCAGCGAUCCUGAAACUGAUAAGUGUGCUGCUUCUAUGGAUGUUGGUGUUGGCUACUUCAGUGACCCCACUGGCCUUGAAGGACUCGCUCAUUUUCUCGAACACAUGCUGUUUUAUGCAAGUGAAAAAUAUCCACAAGAGGGUAGUUAUAUGAAGUAUGUUACAGAGCAUGGCGGCCGUUGCAAUGCUUAUACAUCUUCUGAGCACACAAAUUACCAUUUUGAUGUGAAUGCCGAUUCAUUUGAAGAAGCUCUGGACAGGUAUGCACAGUUCUUCAUUGGACCAUUGUUGUCAGCAGAUGCAACCAUGAGGGAAAUCAAAGCUGUUGAUUCUGAGAACCAGAAAAAUUUAUUGUCUGAUGGUUGGAGAAUGCAUCAGCUUCAUAAACAUCUUAGCGAUGAAUGCCAUCCAUAUCAUAAAUUCAGUACAGGGAACUGGGAGUCAUUAGAAGUUCAACCCAAAGCAAAAGGGCUGGAUACUAGAGAAGCGCUUAUUAAACUAUAUGAAGAAACUUAUUCUGCCAACCUCAUGCAAUUGGUGAUAUAUGGAAAAGACAAUCUUGAUGCAAUUCAAAGCCUUGUUGAGAACAAUUUCCAAGGUAUUCGAAGCAAUGACAGAAAAUGCAUCUCUUUUCCUGGUCAGCCUUUAACAUCUGAACACUUACAGAUAUUGGUGAAAGCUGUCCCAGUGGAGAAAGGCCACAAACUGAGAAUUGUAUGGCCAGUAACUCCGAGUAUUCUACAUUACAAGGAAGGGCCAUGCUGGUAUCUGGGUUAUCUUAUUGGUCAUGAAGGAGAAGGAUCUUUGUAUUACGUCUUAAAAACAUUGGGCUGGGCUACAAGGUUGUAUGCAGGUGAAGAGGAAUGGAAUCAAGAGUUUUCCUUCUUUAAAGUGACGAUGGAUCUUACUGAUGAUGGACAUGAACACAUGCAGGAUAUAGUAGGACUGCUAUUUAAAUACAUUUACGAAUUACAGCACUCUGGUGUAUUAAAAUGGAUAUUUGACGAGCUUACUGGUAUUUGUGAGACAAAAUUCCAUUAUCAAGACAAAAUCAAUCCUCUUCACUAUGCAAUUCGCAUUGCAUCAAAUAUGAAGUUGUAUCCUCCAAAAGAUUGGCUAGUGCAAUCAUCCAUGCCUUCUGAAUUCAGUCCAAGUACAAUUCAAUCGGUAAUGGAUCAGCUUUCUCCAAACAAUGUGCGAAUCUUUUGGGAAUCUGAGAAAUUUGAAGGGCAAACUGACAUGGAGGAGCCGUGGUACAAAACUGCAUAUAGCAUUGAAAAAAUAGCUAGCUCCACAAUUCAGGACUGGAUAUCAUCAGCCCCUAAUGAAAAUCUACAUCUACCAGCACCUAAUAUGUUUGUCCCUACUGACUUAUCACUCAAGCAUGCACAAGAGAAGGAGUUCAAAUCUCCAGUGCUUUUAAGAAAGUCAUCCUAUUCAUCACUAUGGUAUAAGCCUGAUAAAAUGUUUUCCACACCCAAGGCAUACGUUAAGAUAGAUUUCAAUUGCCCCCAUGCUAAGAGUUCUCCUGAGGCUGAAGUUCUCACUACCAUGUUCACUCGGUUGGUGAAAGAUUACUUGAAUGAACAUGCUUACAAUGCACGAGUUGCUGGGCUAUUUUAUUCCAUAAACACGGGAGAUAGUGGUUUUCAGAUGACUCUGACUGGUUAUAAUCAUAAAUUAAGGAUUCUACUGGAGACUGUGAUUGAGAAAAUCUCAAAUUUUACUGUGAAUCCUGACAGGUUUGCUGUGAUUAAGGAAAUGUUAUUAAAGGAUUAUGAAAAUCGCAAGUUUGAUCAACCCCGAGAACAAGCUAUAUACUAUUGCUCAUUAGUACUACAGGAACAAAAAUGGCCUUGGAUGGAAAAACUAGAAAUUCUUCCUCAUCUUGUGGCUGAAGAUCUUGCAAAGUUCACUCCCAUAAUGCUCUCAAGUAUCUUCCUGGAAUGCUACAUAGCAGGUAAUAUUGAAUGCAGAGAAGCCGAGUCAAUAAUUCAUUAUGUUGAAGAUGUUUUCUUCAAGGGUCCAAACAUUAUAAGCCAACCUUUAUUCCCAUCCCAGCAUUUGACUAAUAGAGUUCUCAAACUCGAAAAGGAUGUGAAUCAUUUCUACCCUAUUAAAGGCUUAAAUCCGAGCAAUAAGAACUCUGCUCUAUUGCACUAUAUUCAGGUGCAUCAAGAUGAAUUUAUGCUGAAUGCGAAACUUCAGCUUUUUACUCUUAUAGCAAAGCAAGCAACUUUUCAUCAACUAAGAACAAUCGAACAGCUCGGCUAUAUCACUAUCCUUAGUCCGAGGAAUGACUAUGGUGUUCAUGGAGUACAGUUUACUGUUCAAUCUACUGUAAAGGAUCCCGCACAUAUUGAUUUGAGAGUUGAGGCAUUUCUCAAGAUGUUCGAAAAUAAAGUUUAUGAGAUGACCGAUGAUGAGUUUGAGGACAAUGUUAAGGCAUUGAUCGGUACGAAACUUGAGAAGCACAAGAAUUUGUGGGAAGAGUCUGGUUUUUAUUGGAAUGAGAUUUCUUCUGGUACUCUCAAAUUUGACCGCAGAGAAUGUGAGGUUGCAGCACUCAAGCAGCUUACGAAACAACAAUUUGUAGAUUUCUUUAAUGAAUUUUUAAGAAUUGGUGCACCUCAGAAGAGGACACUGAGCAUACGUGUUUAUGGAAGCCUGCAUUCACUUGAGUACACUACAGAUCAUACCAGUGAGCCAACUCAACCCGAUUCGGCUCGAGUCGAUGAUAUUUUUAGUUUCAGAAGAUCACAGCCUCUUUACAGUUCAUUUAAAGGAAGCAUUGGUCAUACAAAAUUGUAAGGAUCAAACCUUACAAUUCUUCUAAACCAAAACCAUUUAUGAACUAACAAUGUUUCUCUUUUUCAAGUAAAUAAAUUGUUGAAGUGAGUGUAUCAUGAGGAAAUCAAGAGUUAUUGAAUUGAUUGUCAGGAAUAAAAGUGAUGUUUUCUUUUGUUGAACAAAAUAAUGAAUUGUAUAUUCUAAAUUGCGAUGAUUAGUCUCAUAUUUGGAUGUUCUUUGAGGUGGGAUGUAUUUAUAAGUUCAUAGGAGUAUAAUUUAUAAGUUGAUUAAUGCAAUUUAAUUUAAUAUUCUUUAUUA